AUGGAGCAACGAAUCAAGUCAUGGCGGCAAGUAUGCUUCAUCGCAUUUACGGCUGUCUUCUUCUUGAUUAUCUUGUCAAUGGUCUCUAUGUCGCGCGGGACAUCAAGUGGUCUUGGUUUCGGCCAUAGCAGCAAAAUACCGCUUCGCAUACUUCCUCUUGGCGACAGUACAACGAGAGGUGGUCCAGAUGAUCGCUUUAAUGCUUACCGCCCGGCUCUUCGCAACAUGCUGAUCGGAUCUGGUCAAUCCACAGACUACAUAGGAUCGCUGAAACACGGAGACAGUCUCGACAACGAUCAUGAAGGUCAUGCUGGUCUACUAAUCAAAGAAAUUCGGAGAGCGAUCGCAGACGAUAACAUUCUACUCCAACAUCCAAACGUCAUCCUACUGCACGUCGGCACAAACGACAUGAACACAUAUUUUGGCCAAGCGCCCGUGGAUCCGUUCGAGGAAGCACCACAACGGCUCAACACCUUGGUCGAAGCAGUGUUGUGCGAAUGCCCCGACGCAGUCCUGCUCGUUGCCAAAAUCAUUGACAAUACACAAUUCCCACAACUGGUGCAGACCUACAACUCUGGCGUCGAAAUCAUAGUGGCGCAUUGGCAAGCGCAGGGCUACAAAGUACGAGUGGCAGAUCACUCUGCUAUUGGAGGCACCGACCUCUCAGGCGACGGACUCCACCCUCAAAACGUAGGAUACGAGAAAAUGGCACGCGUUUGGUUCGACACGAUGCAAGAUCUUCCAUCAGACUGGAUUCAACCUCUACGAGAUGCCAGCCUAAUGUCUACGCCCGAGUGUCGAGCAAAAUUACUGUCAUAA